UAAAGUAUUGGCAAAAACUUCCUUCUAGCUGGCUUCCUUGAACUUUGACUGCAUAUGAUUUAUGAUCUGAUAUUCUAAGCCACAUGGACAUAAAAAAAUACAUAGAGAGAGGCUUUGAUAGUUUUGAGGGUUGUCUUCACACACACUUCAUGCACAGCGGCUCCCAGACUUUGGAACUCCCUCCCUAGAGAAGUCAGACUGGCUCCCUUCUUGCUGUCUUUCUGCCAGCAGAAUUUGUGGACAUGCUGUUAAUCUACAUUUAGGCAGAGGAGCCUGCAAAACAGAUGCGCCACAGAAUGUGUGUUUAGAUGCACGCCAGUCCAUGUGAAUAAAUGGUCAUUUGAAGCAAUGGAAAGACCUGGGGAAGAACUCUCUGAAAGUUCCCAUGCGGAGGACAAGGAAGAGGAUGGAGCAGCCUCAGGCAUCUCUUCUUCUCUCUGCUUGAAUGAUGUGGGAAACAUGCAGGUGGAGAUGCUGGAGAAGGCCAGGGAGCUCUUCAGGCUCUGUGACAAGGAGGAGAAGGGCUUUAUCACCAAGCUGGACAUGCAGCGGCUACAAAGUGAACUUCCUCUCACUCCUGAACAACUAGAAUCUGUUUUUGACAGCCUAGAGCAAGACAAUAAUGGGUAUCUCACGCCAGUCGAAUUCAGUAUGGGACUAGGCAAGUUCAUAGGGAUUGAGCAGUAUGAGAGCUCUGGAAGCACCAGGCACGAGGAGACUUUUGAGUCAGGCUGGUCAGAUGACUUGGACCAGGAAGAGGAAGAGAAGAGGUUUUGCUCCAUGUUGGAGCAGCUCGAAGCAUCCCAGGUCUUUGAAGAUCAGAACGAGGUUCAGGAGCUCUGGGCUCAACUCCGGAAAGAAAAGCCAGAACUCCUAACCAGUUUUGAAGAAUUUCUCUUCCACAUUUCCUCAUAUGUCAGGGACAUACAUCACGAGAAGGAAUCAAUUGAGCAGGCGUUGAAACGGAGGGAGGUAGACCAUGACCGUGAAAUCAGGUGCCUUUAUGAAGAAAUGGAGCAACAAAUCAAAGCAGAAAGGGAGCGGCUGCUGAGCCAGGGAUCAAUGAAGCAUGAGAAGAGCAGCUUGCUUCAGAAAGAGCUUCAGAGCAAAGAACAAGAAUUUGAGAAGAUGUUGUACCACCAGAAAAAGCUGGAACAUCAGUUACAAUCCCAGAGCUCAGAGCAGCUGGAAAUGCGGGUGCAAAAUGAGAGGUUGAAAAUCUUGAACGACAAUCUCCUGGACCAACUGGAGAGAAGCAAAUGGGAGCUGGAGGUAGCCCGAGGUCACCUGCAACAGCUGCAGAAAGAAGCCCAGCUAGAGCAGGAACAGAAAAACAGGGAUGUAUUCAGAGUCUCUAAGAAUAUGCAGAAAGAAAAGAAAAGCCUCCUGCGACAACUGGAACUGCUCAGAGAGAUGAACAAGAAGCUGCGAGACGAGAGAGAUGCCUUUGAAGCCAAGAAGCUGGCACUUGAAAGCAAAAGACCCCUCUUGAAGAAGGGGUCAGCGAUAGGCAAAUACCUAGUGGAGGAGAAGCCAGUCAAACGGUCAGAGCUCAAUAUGUUGUGUUGUGUCCCGCUGCAUGCUGUCGGUCUGUAUAUGGAUUUUUAUUUGGAAGAGAAAAACUGUAAACUCUUCCUGACCAACACUGCCAGUUUGAAGCAGGGAAGAGGAAUCAAUUCAUCUGUGGAGGACUAUGCGGUUCUUAGGAAAACAGAGAGGCAGGAAACAGCAGGAAAUGUUGGGAAGCCAAAGUCUCUGAUGAAGACCAGCACAUUCCAGAGAGAAAAGACCAACAGACCUAAUUAUCUUCAUUUAUCGCCAAGAAGGCUGCCCAUUGGUAAUGAAACUGUGGUAUUGGAGCCAGCUAGUUCUUCUCCUGACCGUGUCUUCAAAGUAGUGUUUCUUGGUAAUUCCGGAGUUGGCAAGAGCACCUUCAUCCAUCGCUUCUGCUACAAUAGAUUCCUGGCUGGGAUCAGCUCAACUAUUGGCGUUGAUUACCAGGUGAAGAGCCUGAUGGUUGACAACACACAGGUGGUUUUGCAGCUAUGGGAUACAGCUGGGCAGGAAAGAUUUCAGAGUAUUACCAAGCAGUAUUUCCGGAGAGUGGAUGGCAUCCUGGUCAUGUAUGACAUCACAGCAGAGUGCUCCUUCAUGGCGGUCCGAAACUGGAUGAGUUGUAUCCAGGAUGGAAUUGAAGAUGGUGCAGUGAUAUUUCUUGUUGGAAACAAAAUGGAUACAGCAGACAAAGAGGAACCCAAAGUCCCCAGGGCUGAAGGGGAAAGGCUGGCAAAGGAAUAUAAAGCUGUCUUCUAUGAGUGCAGUGCAAGGACUGGCUAUAACAUUCAGGAACCCAUGCUGCACAUGGCAAGAAUCCUGACAGCACAUGAGGACAAGCAGAGAGAGCAGGCAUUGCACCUGGAGGAGUACAACAAGAGGAAGGGAUGCUGUUUGUAACAGAAUCGUUCAGGGAUAUGUUAGAAAAUAAAGAACAGCCUAAAGCACAGAGUUGGCUGCCUCCCUGCAAGAAGAUAGGGAUAACUGUGAUUGAACUGAAGGAAGAGUCAAGAUCUUUUUUAGAAAAAAAGAAAAAAAGAAAAGAGUGCUGUAUCAAAGUGACAUGACAUCUUUUGCAGCUGCAAAUCGCUCCUGCUUUUUCCGCAAUGCUUCAGGGAAGUGCUUCAAAUCACAGCUCAUAGAUCCAGCAUUAUUGGCUUACCUAUAAAACCAUUCAAGCUACUUCACAGGGUCUCAAGACUACACUCAGAAACAAUGUGAGUUAUGCAAGUGUAAGUUAUUGCAAUGGAGUCGUGCAACAAUAAAUUGAUAAUGAGUUAACUGGAGUGGAGUGGUACCAGCUUUCUGCUAUAGUCUCACUGCACCAAAAGCAUCAAUUCCUUGCCUUCAUCUUCCCUUCUCUUCCUGGUUCUGCCUGAAGCACUUCCCUCCUGCAUGGCAGGGCUACCUCUGGAGAUGAUCGUAAGUCAUGAGCUCAGGAACAUGAGAAGAGCCUUCUGGAUCAGGUCUGGUGCGGCAUGCUGUUCUCACAGUGACCAACUAGACAGACCCCCGUGGAAAACAUCCAGGCAGGGCAUGAGCACAACAGCACUCUGCCCACAUGGGAUUCCAGCAACUGGUAUGCAGUGGCAUAAUGCCUCUGACCGUGGAGGUAGAACCUAGCCAUCAUGGCUAGUUGCCAUUGAUAGCCUUAUUCUCUAUGAAUUUGCCAAAUUCUUUUAUAAAGCCAUCCAAAUUGGUGGCCAUCGCUACCUCCUGUGGGAGCUUACCAAUAGGAUACCUGCUUAUUGUGAAUGGUUUCCUGCCCAGCUACAUAUGUUAAUACAAUCACCUCAGUAAUUAUCACCA